AUGGAUAUGGGCGACAUAAUAAUUCGUCCCGCGACGUCGGAUGAAGUCCCGGAGCUUGUCGGCUUCAUCACCAAAGCCCGAGCCGAGAUGUUUCCAUUCCUCAACCAAGCAUCCAGCGGUCAAAUGGCUCAAAGGGAGCUCGAUAACUUUCAAAAGAGUUACCUCGACUCUCCGCAAGGGGUUUUCUUGACUGCUCGCUCAGAAGGUCGCCUCGUUGCUACCAUUGGCUGCGUCCCUUACGACGGGCGCUUCCCAUCUCUCAACAUUGAAGUGGAGAAUGCCGUCGAGGUUGUGAGGCUGUACGUCGAACCCGAAUGGCGUCGUGCAGGACUAGCUUCCAAGGUGUUCGCUAAACUAGUCGAAACGACCCGACAAGCUGGGGUCAAGCAACUCUACUUGCAUACGCAUCCGUUUCUGCCGAAUGCGAUCGGCUUCUGGGAACGAAAUGGGUUCUCCAUCAUUGAAGUGGAUGAGGAUCCAGUGUGGCAGACGACACAUAUGAGUCGCUUACUCAAGUGA